UUGUAUGGCAACGCGGUGACAUAUCGAAUCGAGGCACCCUGUGCUCAAAGCAACAACAAACGGCCGCGCCAAAAUUGCGAGUGUUGAAAGAAACCUUGCAAAUAUUGCCAAAAAAAAACGGGAGCAUUUGCGAAAGAACAGUCAAGAGACACACCGCAAGGAUGAGCAUGAGCCUGGACGAGUCCAUCUGCGCGUAUUUCGUGAAGAAUGCGAAGCCGGCGGAUGGCAGCAGCAGCUUGGAUGCGGAAAUUCUGGAACAGUUUGAGGCGUCGCUGGAGUUACUAGGCCAGCAGCUGGCCGAGACCCAGAUCCGGCAGAUAAAGCCCAGCGAGGGCUAUCCCCUGAUAGCGGCCGGCAACCUCUCCAAGAAGGAUGUCUUCAUUUUGGCCCACUUCGAGGGCGACUUCUUCGAGCAGCUGAAGAAAACAAAAGCUCUGAUUCUGGGGCCACCGUGCCUGCUGGCAUGCCUCCGGCAGGAGCAGCCCAUUCCCCUGGGCAGCAGCGCCAUCUACACCACAGCCAUGCGCGACCUGCAGAUAUCCGCCACCGGCAUACCUCCCGACAAGAAGGAGGAGCUCAGCAACCUGAUCCAGUGGAUGGGCGGAGUUUACUUCCAGAACUUCGGCCACCGCACCACCCACCUCAUUUCCAACACCAUCAAGUCGCACAAGUACGAGCAGGCCACGCUAAACGGGGUGCCCGUGAUGCACGUGGAUUGGGUGCAGUACGUCUGGGAUCUGAGCCGCCGGCAGCAGCGCGAAAGCAUCCGUGCCACUGAUCCGGAGUUCGACAAGUACCGACUGCCCGUAUUCUUCGGGGUAAACAUCACAUGCAGCGGCCUGGACGUGGCACGCAAGGAUCAGGUGAUGAAGUUGGUCCAGGAGAACGGCGGCAUCUACCAUCGAGCCUUUCGCUCCCAGGUGGUGGACAUCGUCAUAACCGAGCAAUCCAAAACGGACACGGAGAAGUACAAGGCGGCCAUCCGUUACAAGAAGGAUGUCCUGCUGCCGGAGUGGAUCUUCGACAGCAGCAACCGCGGCUACGCCCUGCCCACCAAGGAGUACGAGGUGCGGCCCGGCAAGAAGUCCUCCACGCCCACAAAAUCAAACAGAUCUAUGGCUCCCAGUGCCGACCACACUCAGCUCUCGGAUCUCUCUAGGAUUAGCUUCGUUUCCGGCUCCCGUCGCAUGUGCAGCGAUCUCACCACCGUUAAUGAGUCCCUGAGCAGCCUGGGCAGCAGCUCCCCAGCCAAGGAUCUGCUGAAGCAGGCCACAUUCCAGGCCAGAAACUACCAGCAAGUGCUGGCGGAGAUCGAUCCCAGGCAGGCAAAGAAAUCGGGCGCUUUCCUGGACGGCUGCUGUGUCUAUUUGAGUGGCUUCCGGGCCGAGGAGCGGGAGAAGCUCAAUCGCAUUCUGAACACUGGCGGCGCCACGCGCUACGACGAGGCCAACGAGGGAGUGUCCCACAUCAUAGUCGGCCAGUUGGACGACGCCGAGUACAGGCAGUGGCAGCGCGACGGCCUUAUGGGCUCGGUGCACGUGGUGCGGCUGGACUGGCUGCUGGAGAGCAUCCGCAGCGGCAAGGUGGUCAGUGAGCUCACCUACCGCGUCUCCCUUCCGACCACUGGAGAACCCGACGUGGCCUCCCCGGCCAGCAAGAGGACCCUUCGCUCCAUGAACCACAGCUUCAAGCAGCCGCAGCUGCCCAUCAAGAAGAAGCUGUUCGAACAGGAGCAACAGCAGCAGCAGGAACAGGAGGACCAGGAGCAGGACAACCAGCUGCUGGGCCAGUAUUCGCAGGAUCAGGGUGCAGUGGCUCAGUUGCCGCCAGUGGACAUAAGCGUCCUUCAUCCGGCCGCCAGUUCCACGCAAAUGGAAAUCAAUCCCAGGACCUCCAUGGCUCCCAAUCCGAGCUCAACUUCGGCUGCUCCUGUUGGUGUUCCGGAUCUGAGUGCCAGCGCCAUGUCGAUUGAUUACGAGAAGCUGGACUACUUCGCCGGCCUGACCGUCUACGUCCACAAGGAGUGCUUCAACUCGGAGUUCUACAACCAGUUGCUGGUCGAGGUGGAGGCCGCCCAGGGCAUCCUGGUGCCGCCCAGCUACGUCGACCAGGUGGACUUUGCCAUCGUCAGCUUCGAGGUGCCGUUCGACGAGAAGGAGUUGCCGGUCAAGUCGAACUUCGUGGCCACCGAGCUGUUCCUCGAGAGCUGCAUGAAGCUGAACAAGUUACUGCCCCUGGACUACUACCACAAGCCGGUGCCCGCCGCCGCCUUGAAGCAGCCGCUGGAGGGCAUGACGAUUGUGGUGUCCAUUUAUGCCGGUCUGGAGAGGGACUUCAUCAACUCGGUGUCGGAGCUGCUGGGCGCCUCCGUCAACAAGACGUUCAUCAAGAAGGAGAAGCCCCUGCUGAUCUGCCCAAGCGCCGAGGGCUCCAAGUAUGAGGGCGCCAUCAAGUGGAACUAUCCGGUGGUCACAUCCGAGUGGCUGGUGCAGUGCGCCCGCUCCGGCCAGAAGCUGCCUUACCUGGGUCAUUUGGUCGGCAAGAGUCCCGAAGACUUUCCAAUCUCGCCCAAGCUUCGAGAGAGCAACACUCGCACUCCGAGGCGUCCAGAGGCGACUACUCCGCUGCCACCGCCGCCAGUGCCCAUGGAGGAGGAGGAGAACCAGCCGGAGAUGGAUGUCCAGCCGGUGGCAGCGUCCAAUCCUCCAGCAGCAGCUCCGGAACUGACUCCUUUGCGCAAUCGGAGAGUCUCCGAGCUGGCGGGCAUUCCUGGUGGCAGUGCCCGUCGUCGCAGCAGCAGCUCCACAUCCUCGCCAGACUCACCGUGCACGCCCCUCAGCCAGGUGGGCGCCCAGAACUACAACUUCGACUUCCUCGAGCAGUUCGUGCAGCGCCUGGACAACGACGAGGGGAGGGACUGCGUCCGGCAGAUCAUCCGCGAGAUGCGCGAGAACCAGACCCCCGAGCUGGAGCGCAUCCGGCGGCAGGCCUGCACUCCAGUCAGCCGGCGGCAUUCGCGACCCGCUUCCGGCAUUCCCGACUUCUGCCUGACGCCGGAGUUCCAGCAGCGGAUGGCGGACGACUUUGAGCGACGGUGGCGACUGCCGACGCAGAAGAUCAAGCCGGACACACCGCUGGCGGUGAUCAGGCAGCGGGUGAUGCGCAUUACCUGCGAGACCCUGGGCAUAGAGUACGACGAGGGAUCAGAUCAGAUGGAGGAGGAGGAGCAGCAGGCGCAGAAGGCACAGCGCCAGCAGGAGGAGGCACUGGGCACGGCCAAGAAGAAGCCACCGCCGAGGACUCAGGCCACGAAGCUCGUCUUCGAAAGGUCACCGCCGACGCCCAAGCUGCCGGUGGCCAGCAGCGGCAGCUCCGCCACACCCAAGCUAUCACUUUCGAGCAAGAGUUCCACCACUCCCAGACUGUCCCUGGCCAGCAGAUCCCCCCGAGCUUCGGUAGACGCCAAUCCAAGGCGUUCGUCCUUCAUACCGCCCACCCAGGAUAGUCCCGGACUGGCCCGGAAGCCGGAGGAGCCAUCGAAACUGCCGAGACGGUCGGAUGUAGCGACGGAGGAGGAAACUGCCGGCCAGAGCACCAUCAACUUUGACAAGAUCAGCUUCGAGGAGACCGCCCCGCCGGCCAUGAACACGGAUCUGAAGCAGAUCACCGACUACCUGAAGAACUGCGAGAGCCGGAGGAACAGCCUGAAGCGGAGCCACGACAGCGACAUGGAGUGCCCCGAGAGCGAGGUGCAGUAUGUCCAGCCGUUCGAGUCCGAAGGCUUCGCCAUGGGCACCGAGGACAUGGUGAGUUGGCGGGAUCCCGCCGAGUUCAAUGCCGCCAAGAGGCGCUCCUCCGGCGGCUCUCCCAGGAUGCAGCACCGGGGCACUCCCUGCUUCAGCAUCUCGUGCGGCGAUGAUGGCGACAAGCGAGCGGAGCUGAUAGCCAGGAUCUCCCAGUUGGGCGGACAGAUGUGCGAGAAUCUGGUGAACUACGACGACGCGUGCACCCAUCUGCUCUGCGAGCGUCCCAACCGGGGCGAGAAGAUGCUCGGCUGCAUGGCCGCCGGCAAGUGGAUCCUCAGCAUCCAGUACGUGGAUCAGUGCCAUGCCCGCGGGCACUUCCUGGACGAGACCCUGUUCGAGUGGGGCAACCCGAAGGCCCUCAACCUGCCCGUCCUGCCGCCGGAGGAGCAGCCCAUUGCGGCUGCAGUGCAUCGCUGGCGCUCGGAGCUGAGCAGCCGGGGCGGAGGUGCCUUCUCCGGCCACCGGGCCAUCCUCAGUAUGCAGCGCAGCGGAGCGGCCAUCCGGAAUGUCCUGGUCGCCGGCGGAGCCGUCAUCCUGGAGCCCAAGUCGCCCUUUUCGGCGGAUCCCAUUGCCGCCACCGCCACCCACUGCUUCGUGGACGUGAAGAAGGCUCCGCUCUCGCCCCAGGAUCUGGCCUAUCUGCUGAAGAAGGGCGUGCGAGUCCUCAGCCAGAUAGCCAUCAACAGUUAUCUGAUGAAGGGCCGGGAUGCCGAUCUGGGGGCCUACGAGCUCAGUUGAAAAACUUAAUAUUAGUUGUUCUAUUUUUUUUUCGUUAAGACUUUGUCAGAACUUCUCGGAAUCAGUUUUUUCUUCACUUUAAGUUAUCUUGUUAUCCUUUUUUUCCAAAUAUUCUCAAAUAAAUAUUAAUAGAGUAAGAG